AUGCCGCACACGACAUCAACCCCAACCGCUCAUUAUCCAUCCCGUUCACCACCUCAUACGACCCAGGGAUUGAGUAGCGCGAUGCCUGCUCAAUUAUCUCGACCCAUCAUCAAACACGAUGAAACGCGGGGAGAGUCCGGUAUCGAAGGAAGCGAUGUUCACAGAACGUGUAGCAGCGCACAAACAGUCAUUCUGAGGUCGCGUUCGUCCUCACCAACAUCGUCGAUGAUUAUUCCUUCGCGGGAAAGUCACAGCACAAGUCACAACAGCAAUGUCACGGAUUUCCCAGCGCUGAGCCGUUGGCAGUGUAUUCCUCUGCCCUCUCAGACGAACUGCCAAACUGCUGUCGUAUUGCAUUCGUUACUGUUGUGUCCUAGGAGAACAGGAAUUCAUUGGAGUAUAUCUGAGUCGCAUGAUAUCAUCAAGAAGGUGUUGGAAGAGCGGUGGCACCCGUUGAAGGAUUUGGCAACUCAUCCGGCCCUCCCUGCACUGACGGUGGUGCAUACGUGGCUACCGUGGCCUAUCACUGUCCAUGCAUCGGGGAUGGACGCGAGGGGCGUGACAGUCGCGGAUGUCUUGCUCGCGAUCUCGAGGGAUUUGGCGAUCGUGGUGGACGAAAGUGGGAAGAGUAAAAGAAUGGAUUUUUUGCGAGGGAAACGGAUGUUUGUGGGAUUGCAAGAGAGCGAGGUUGGGGGCGAUGUAUGGGAGUUGGUUGUUGAAUAA